UCCUCUCGCCAUGGCACCUGCGGAAACAAUAGAGUCCCGCCCUACCUGUUCUGACCCGGAUAUCGACAAUUCCGAGUGUCCUCAAAUGCAUCCCCAUCCAGCGCAUCGCUGUGACGUCCCACAUGCGCUCGGAUGCCGUUACGUCCGAAACAUCACCAACACGCAUCUUUGCCCGUUCUCCUGCUCCCGUGUGCUUUCGGGGCGUUGUCGAAGCUGGGGUUCUGCGGCGGCGGCGGCGGCUGCGGCGUGGGAGGAGGAGGAGGAGGCGACAUGCAGCGGAACGCGGUGGUCGUGGUGGCGGAUAAAACGAGCCUCAAGAGGCCGUUCAUAUUCGCCUGCGCCGUCAAUGUGGCUCUGUGCUUCUUCAUGCUGACCAUGACGGCGGUGGGACACCGUGACCUCCUGCAAGCGGGCCAGCUGGUGUCCAACGUCUCCGUGGUGAUUCUGUACAUCCUGGAGAUCGCCUGCCUGCUGCUGUCCGUCCUCGGCGUCUUCGGCGCCUGCACGGGGAGGAGGUGGUGUUUGAUUCUGUUUGCAGCCGGGAUGGCGGCCGCCAGCCAAACAAUCAUCGUGAAAACGGCGCUCAGCUACCAGGACAUAUACGAGACAGGGGUGGCAAGAGAGGAGUCCAAAUUGCUGUCCAUGAUGCCCCUGAGUGCCACCAGCAAAGUCAACAGGAGCUUGCUUCACAGUAUUCAAGCACAUUUUAAAUGCUGCGGCCUGGUUGAAGGCUACAAAGACUGGGGCAGCGCCAUCCCUGCUUCUUGCCAUUGUCAGUCGCCAGGGAGAUGCAUACGACUGCGAGGAAGCGCCACUCUGGGGGCUCCAAAGAACCAAUAUGUCUAUCAGGAGGCUUGCCUCCACAUCUACAUCUCAGCAUUGAAGCGAGCGUUCUCAUUGGCCAUGGGAAUUAAAUUUGGAAGUGGAGUGUUUUGGGCAGUGCUUUUGGUGAUGAGCCUGAAGCUGAUGGUGCAGAUGAAGCGCAAACAGGAGUUCAUCGCUCUGCUCCAGUCCAAUCGAUACGUCCCCGGUGCCUUCUAGAGCGACCCCCUCCUUCGAAUUUGCACACGUCAAACACAAUAUGCUGUAUACCGUUCGUAAGCAGGCCAUAAUUGGAAUAUGUAACAGUGAAAAUGCACGGAAACAUGACACGCAACCCACACGCAUUUUGCCUAUAAACGAUGAAUGAUGGUCCCGUUCAAUAUUUUAUCAGGUACAAUUACGAGCUGUAUGUGAUUAUCGAAGCAGGUUAACCAGCAUACUAUCCCAGCAUGCACUGGGGGAAUGAUAUUUCCACACACCUAGAAAGUCAGGUAUGAAUAUAUUAGCGAAAUAUAUGUAACCGACUCUUUAUGUAUGUAGCACAGUCUUUGCAACGUUAUUUAACCAGAUUUUAAUGGCAAAAGAGCGCUGAAGAGAAAUGACUGGGAAUGUUACCGCACAUUGUACAAACCGGACGUUGUAUAAAAGCACAUAUUUAGAGUCGUAACGUUUGAUUUUGCAAUUGCUUCUCAAUGUUGAUUGAAUCCAUUUUCAAUUUGUUUUUAUCAGUGAAAACGCGCGCACUUUGAAACCAAUAAUGUAUAUCGGUAUUAUUCAUGCAUUUUUUUUUGCAU